GUAGUGCAAAAGAAAACGGUCAGCCGCACGCAGAAGAUAUAAAACAUUUUAAAACAAUAAAGUGUGCUAAUUAAAAGUGUAAUCAUCUAAAAACAUUCAGGAUAGUGCAGGCUGCACCUUCCUACCAGUACACACAGUGAUGGAGUCCAAAAUACCUAAACUCAACUUUAUUAAAAAACCAACGGGAAUGGCGAGCCUACCGGGAAACGCCCGCCAUCCCCUAGUCGAUUUGUUAAAUGUUCCCUCGGAACUUGAUUUCCACGGCAAACGAGUAGCUUCCCCGGAGCUUGUGAACCUUGCAGUGCUGAAUCGAGGCAAGUUACGCCGUAGUCGCUCGGCAACCGAUCUCAGCAGGCCAAACUUUCAUCGUCCGAAGUUUGUACCUAAUCUCGAAUCCAUUUCUUCGGCGAAAAGUCAUCUAAAUUCGGCAGGUUUAGCUCAAAUGCUUCAAAAUAACCUAGUGAAACCGGUUCAAAAAUCUACGAAUCUACGAAGAAGUGUAUCCGUCAGUGACAUCACCAUGAAGGUUCCCGCUAGUUUUUCGUCUGUUUCGUCGAGUUCACAUCAACUGAAACGACAGCUGUCCUCUGUCAACAACGGAUUGCCUUUGAAGGCCAACAAGGUGACUGCGAGUACUAGUGCUACGGGAAAAAUGUUUGGUACGAAAUCCGUUACGUCGACUGCGGCUACUGCUACUGCAAAAAAAACUCUUACCGCGUCCAAACCGAAAGUAGUGCCUAGCAAGCAAGCUUCCGUGAAUUCCAGUGUGUCCAGUGAAAAAUCCAACACAUCCAGCGGAGCGGCGAAAAAAAUCAUUAGCAAACGUAUCCCGCCGUACGACUACAAGGCCCGGUUCAAUGACCUACUGGAGAAGCAUCAGGUUGUCAAGGAGAAAUUGGACAACCUUCGUCAAGUUAACUCCGAUUUAGAAUCGUUGCCGCAAAAAUAUGACGAUUGUCUCAAAGAAUUGGGCAGAUUGAAGCAAGCACACGCAAAACUUCAGGAAGAUCACAUUUCAGCAGUUGCUGAGAAUGAUAAUCUUAGAUUGAAGAAUGUUUCCCUUUCGACAAGCCUAAAUGAAACGGAAUCAGAGUUGCGUUUGCUCAAGGAACGGUACAACGAGGCAGAUAACGAACGAAUGCAGCUUAGAGAACUGGUUAAAACCCUACAAGAACGAUUCGCCACUGUGGAAGAGAGAAAUGCCAUCUUACAGGAAGAUAAUGACAAAAAGGCCGAAAUUCUGUUCCGGGCUAAUAUCGAGCGGAAAGAUUUGCACAACACUAUCAUGGAUUUGCGGGGCAAUAUUCGGGUUUUCUGUCGUGUACGGCCUCCAUUGGCUUCCGAAGCGGAUCUUCUGGAGUGUGGUUGGAAGUAUUUGGACGAGCAGUCGUUGGAAAUUUGCGCCAUGGAUGGAAGCAACAAGAGACAGGAGUUUACUUUUGACCACGUGUUCCAUUCGCGAACGAUGCAGGAAGAUAUCUUUGAGAAUGUGGCUCCUCUAAUUCAGUCGGCUUUAGAUGGAUACAAUGUAUGCAUUUUUGCUUACGGGCAAACAGGAAGCGGUAAAACCUACACGAUGGAUGGCGUGACCAAUCAUCUCGGAGUUAUACCACGGACGGUGGACUUGAUUUUCAACGCUGUCGACGACUACAAGCGGCUUGGAUGGGAGUACGAGAUUCGUGUAAACUUUUUGGAAAUCUACAACGAAGUCCUGUACGAUUUGCUGGACUCUUCCGGCACCACUAAAGAGUUGGAGAUCCGCAUGGCUAAUGCCAAGAACAAAACCGAUGUCUACGUUUCAAAUAUCAUCGAAGAAACGGUACAAUCCAAGAACCAUUUGCGCCAGUUGAUGGAUAUUGCCAAGUCAAAUCGUGCUACGGCCUGUACGGUAGGAAACGAGCGUUCUUCGCGGUCACAUGCAGUCACCAAGAUUCAACUAAUUGGAACACAUAAGGAAAAGACAGAACUCAGUGUCGGUUCCAUCAAUUUAGUCGAUUUGGCCGGAUCGGAGAGCCCGAAAACAAGCAUGCGGAUGGACGAAACGAAGAACAUCAACCGAUCGCUCAGUGAACUGAGCAACGUUAUCCUGGCAUUGGUUCAGAAGAACGAGCACAUCCCGUAUCGAAACUCAAAGCUCACGCAUCUACUUAUGCCUAGUCUUGGUGGAAACUCCAAAACUCUGAUGUUCGUCAAUGUUUCACCGUUCCAAGACUGUUUUAACGAAACGGUUAAAUCAUUGAGGUUCGCAUCACAAGUUAAUGCUUGCAAGAUGCAAAAAGCACGAAAAAUAAAAAUUCUAAACAGCUCGAGCGUAUUUUGAGCGCAGAUUUGUGCCAGUCGGUUCUAAUCAUCAGACAACAAUUUUAUUCAAGUUUUAAGUUAAAUUUAUGUAUCUUUAAACGGCUCUUUUAACACACACCAAAAUCU